GAUAUUUCUGGUUUCCCCUGUCGGGGUAUAUCGCCUGUCCUUCACAUCAGGCAAUCAUCCGCCGCAUUACCAAUGCCUGGCCGUUCAAUCGAAAGUAACUAUUGGUCCAAGCAGCCCUCGCGUGAAAAGGUAUUCUCUAGGAAUGUCUCUCCCUUCGACCCCUCUAUAAGUCGCGAUGAGCCUUCACUCCCGAGCCCCACCGCUCACCACACCUGCUUGCAUCGAAUAAUACAUCCGAUCAAACAGGUCAGCCAUAAAAAUUGUACAUCACGGGUAUUAUCAGAUACACCGUGUAUUUGCGACGGUGCUCAACGUGCAUCUCCUGCUGCUACUAGUACCAGCGACCAGUCAAGUACUCAAUCUCCACCCACGCCUUGGAGCUUGCCUUCCCAGACGUCGCCCAGCAAUGGGCGCAGUACCCCAUGGAAUCAGGCUGGCUCCGAUGGCCGCGCUACUCCCUCACCAAUUCUAUAUCCUCCUACACAGUCUCGUCCUCAGCAUUCCUCUUUCCUGAAUGACAACCAGACGAAAUCCUAUUACCUAGAUGUAGUGCAACACCCACAACGCACGGCAGAAUUUGGAUCCGCUAGUCUCUCUCGAUUGCCGUUAGCGCCGCCUAUCGUCGUACAGCUCAUAGUGCGAGAUCGCUUCGGAAAUUCUAUAAUUCCUGAGAUGGAACUGCCAUUCUUGAUCGCACAUUUGUCACUUUUUACGGAUGAUGGGAGGCCGUUGGACGUCGGUUCCUCUCCGACUGGUGAGGUCCCUCCGCGAAGGCUACUCUAUGGGAACCUAGUCGCCUCGCCGCAAAAGCUAAGAGACUUGCAAGGACGACUUGGACUGUAUUUUCUGUUCUCGGAUGUGAGCAUUCGCUGGAGAGGUCGCUUCCAACUGGGGAUUGCGUUGUUGCGAAUAUCAGAGACGGACCCUUCUGGCGCUAUGAGCAUCGCGGAGCACGGGACAGUUCUCGCUCAAGCACGUACACGACCUUUUGACGUUCUCGCACAUGAAAACUACGUUGCACCCUCCCAAACCCGUCUAACGCAAUGCUUUCUCCGCCAAGGUGCACGAAUUCAUGCCUUUACGCCCAAUAUGUCUUAGACCUUAGAUAUUCGUACUUGUCGCUCCGGGUCACUCGCAUUUCCACGCCUUUGCCAUCUUUUUUUAUUAAAUGUACUAAUGUACAUAAUUGUGUCACGUUUCGUUCAUUCUUGCUAUGGGCAUUUGUUAUCUCUCAUUAUUAUUUUUCUUGAAACUUUUUCGAUUGUGGUGCGACUUGAGAAGUGAAGUGUGGUGCGAGCAUUUUGAUGAUGAUAAGAACGAAUUCGAAGAUGGGCUUAACGAAGGCUCCACAUGAGACUUGAGCUUGAACCAUUCAAUCGUUGCGCUUGUACGGCUACACUUGCGGUUACGUUGCUAUUGUCACACAAGGUUUGGCCGGACAUAACUGUUAAAGUAAAUCGAACUCAUUCUGUCUUGCAGUGAUCUUAACAAUGCCAGCUUCUGAUCAAAUUCAAAAGAAGGAUUCCUCGCAGCUACUUCGAGCGAGCGUCGCUACAUGUGAGCUCGACGUCUUCCCGUGUUGGAGUAGUAGACACUUGGACUCCAGGCAAGUACAGUUGUCCUUCAUCACGUUGGUGCGGUGAGGCAUAGGAUUUCGGUAUCAAAAGGAAAGUAAAAGUGCAUAGAUUUAGGGUGCAAAGCGGGGUCGUAUGGCCAUGCUGCGGUGUGGUAGCACUGCUGCUAUGACAUCGAGGCGCAGGUCCAAGCGCAGUCUCGCGCA